AUGUGCUGGAUCACGCUGACGCCGACGCGUCCCAAGAACGAGAAACACGCGUCCUCGGACCGUUCCUCCGCAGACCUCGUACGCGUCCGACACACCCCCAACCCGCGGCUGAGCCCCCUCAGCAUCGCCCUGCCCAGCAGCAUCUCCGCCUCUCCUCGUCACCAUCACCACCACCAUCACCACCCCCACAUGCCCGACCACAUGCGCCCCCACGCCCCGCUCCCGCACGGCAUCCUGCAGCACCACCACCGCCACCCGCACCUGCACCUCCACCCGCUGCAUCUGCACCCGCUGGCGCCCCUGCACGGCGCGGGGAAGAAACUGCAGACCCCCUGCGCGCCGGCGCCGCGACACACGAGUCGAGCCCGCGCGCCCCCGCCAUCUAUCAGCUCCUCAUCCUCGUCGUCGUCGUCUGACGCAGCAAGCAAGACAGAGCCAACGUACCGGACGCAGAUUGUCGAGCCGGGCGUGCGGGCGGGGACGCGCCGUGCGCUGCGGGACGUGCGUGUGCGCGGGGGCCUGCGGCGGGUGGGCGGGUACGAGGUGCUGGGGCGCAGUGUGCCGUGGGACUGGGAGUGCGUGAGCAGCACCGUGGGGAGUAGUCGCUGCGGCGGGGGAGACAAGAGCAAGAAGAAGAAGGAAACGAAGAAGAAGAUGGAGGAGGGGGGGCUGAGGUAUCCGCCGUUCGGGGGUAUGGAGCGGUGGCUGUGA